AUGGCAUCUGGGUGUCCCGUGGAAGAGCUCUGCGAGGAAGUCACCUGCUCCAUCUGCCUGGACUAUUUCAGAGACCCGGUGACCGUAGCGGAGUGCGGCCACAGCUUCUGCCGGGCCUGCCUGACCCAGAGCUGGGGGGAGUCGGGGGGCGAGGCUUCCUGCCCAGUGUGUAGAGGGAAAGCUCAGCCAGGGAACCUCCGGCUUAACCGGCAGCUGGCAAAUGUUGUGGAAAUAGUGAAGAAAAUCAAUCUUCAGGGGGGAAAUGGGGAAGAAGUGAAGGAGGAAGUUUGCAAGAAACACCAGGAGCGCCUGAAACUUUUCUGCCGAAACGAUGAGACCCUCAUCUGCGUCGUCUGCGAUAGAUCCAAGGAACACAAAGAUCAUGAGGUGAUGCCUGCUGAGGAGGCUUCUGGAGAGUAUAAGGACAAAUUAUGUAUCUGCCUAGAAUCUCUGAAGGAGAAGAGAGAAAGAACCCUGGCAUGGAAAGCAAACGUGGAAAAGGAAAGCCGGGAGCUGCUUGAGCAAACAGGAACAGAGAGGGAAGAGAUCCUGGCUGAGUGCAGACAGCUACGCCAGUUCCUGGAGGAACGAGAGAGACAUCUGCUGGCCCAGGUGGAGGAGGUGGAGAAAGAGAUUGAGAGAGAAAGGGAUGAGCACCUGGCCAGACUUUCUGGGGAACUGUCCUCUCUUGAAAAUGUCAUUCGAGAGAUGAAGGAGAAGAUUCAGCAGCCAGCAACGAAACUCCUACAGGAUGUCAGAAGCACCUUGCAGAGGUAAAAGGAGAAGAAGAAGUCUGAGGACCCAGUGGCUUUUUCUCCUGCACUGAAGUGGAGAAUCUGGGACAUCUUUGACCUCAAUGUCUUACUGAAAGGCGUUGCAAAGCAGUUCAGAGGCACUCUGAUGUCUGGUCUCCAGCUACACAGAGGAAAGGUGACCCUGGAUCCAGACACAGCCCAUCCUCAACUCAGGCUGUCUGAAGAUCAGAAAAGCCUGCGAUGGGGAAAGGAAGCCCAAGAUCUGCCCAACAAUCCUGAGAGAUUUGAUGACUAUUUUGCUGCGCUUGGACGUGAGGGAUUUACAGGAGGACGGCAUUUCUGGGAAGUCACUGUGGGAAGGGAGGGAGACUGGACUGUGGGCAUUACUAGGCAGUCUGUGAAGAGGAAAGGAAAAAUCUGCAUUGAUGCUGAGAAUGACUUGUGGUGCCUAGGGAAGGCAGGUGAGUUGUAUGGAUCACCGACGCUGGUUUUUCCUCUGUCCCUGAGUUCAGACCCGCAAAGGAUCCGAGUGUCUCUGAACUAUGCUGGGGGGCAGGUGGCCUUUUUCGAUGCUGACAAAGCAACCCUUCUCUUCCUGUUCUCAGAGGCCUUCUUCUCUAGAGAGACCCUUCAGCCCCUCUUUAUAGCGGGCAAAAACAGCUGCCUCAGCAUCUCUCCAUAAGGGACUCAUCUCUCCCUCACAGGCCCUGUGGGUGUUGUUGGUGAGACCAGCAUGAUUAAUAAAGAAUAUCUGACGAUUAUUUCCCAAGAGCUGCUUUUCUGAACCUCUACAU